AGGGGAGGGGAGGUUGGUGGUGACACACAUCAGGGAUGCUGUUAAUAGCACAGACAGGACCAGAAUAGCAGGACAUUGUAGGAGGGGAGCGAGUCUUUGCAACAUGUAUCUUUACACCUGAAACUCAAAAGUCCCAUCAGUUUACUCAAGUGUCUUUUCACUGAAGAACAGGGGGGGUGUUGCAACAUGUGGAAAAGCAGGGUUGGGAAAUGUUGAUAACUGAACACACUCAGACUCAAACACCUGUCUUUGUCCUUGAGAGCAGACAUCCACUUCUUUCACAGACUUCAACUGGUCUCUAGAGGUCUGGCCCAUUUGGGACUCCUCCUUUACCACCAAACCCCCCUCCUUCCCCUCACACACCUCCCCCUCCCCUCCUCCUCCUCCGUCGCCGCUGCUCCGCUCGCUGCUCCCCGCACAGCCGCAGUCCACGGCGAUGCGCCGCUAACGGCUGAGCCGCCUCGCGCUCUUUUCUUCUUCUCCUUCCUCCAUCACUCCGCUUCCAGGCAGAGAGGACCAGCUCCCCCACCCCCCCUGUCAUCCUCCCUCUCCCCGGGUUUGUGCGUGUCCGCCCGGCGCCGCUGCACCAACCUUAUCAAUAACAUGGCAACACAAAGCUGUCGUUCUUCCAUCUAGACGUGGAGCGUCACCUCACUGAGUCAAGGUAGGCUGGGCGGCGGCGGAUUGGGGUUAUUGGGCAUCCUUGACAUGCAUGGAAAAAUGCUCCCUGCCUUUUUCCCCCCUCUAGCAUCCCUGUGCUGACGUGGAGCUGCUGUGAUGCAAGGUGCAGAGAGGGUAAAGCUGCACCAUAUGGCCACCAGUGGAAGGUGCAUACAUGGCGGCAGAGAGGGUUUAUUUCUAUGUCGGGUGCGGUAUCUGCUUUGCAAGGUGUCUGACAGCCGCGUGAAUUAUUACCGAUGCCGGUAGAGGAUUAUCGACAUCUUCUGUAUGGAAAUGUGGCCUGAAAUUUGCGGCAAAGCCUGUUUUGGUUUUCCGUAAUUCUCGGUUAUUUUACAUGUUCUCAAACAGAGCUGCUCCACAUGUGCAGCGCGACCUACAACAAAAAUCUAAACAGUAUUGAUCCAUAAAUAUAAAACAUGACCUGUUAACUGUCUACGGCUUAAUUAUUCAUGUGCUUGGUUAUUCACUGGUAUUAAGAUGUAGAUUUAACCAGUGUGAAAGAGUCUGCUGCUGUGAGGGGAUCUCAUGUCUGUGCUCCUGCAAAACGUGCAUCAACAGGCCUGCUUAAAUCUGUGAUACAUCUGUUUAUGUUGUGAAAUGCAGGUGUCUGAAAAACGGCAACAGUCCAGAGGCGUGCACAGAGGUGGGAUGGGUGCUUUUUUAAAUCAGUCCCCACUUUUAGGAAGAUGCACAAAAAUUAAACUGUGUUUAUUUCUUAUUUUUUAUUAUUUAUCGUUCUCUUUGUCUCUGUUGAAUGACAGCCCUUUGUAUUCUGUAUUCACCAUUUUGUAAAGAUAGAACUCAUAACCCUGUUCUUCCAUUUCAGACGGGGGGCACAAUGAGUGAAGAGCCACCGGUCACCCCCAGCUGGCUGACCCCUGACCCCACAGCCUGGGCUAGCGGAGGCGGGGGCCCGACAGACAACAGCACCAGCCUGGGGACAUUCCCACCAGACCCCCUGACACCCAGCCAGCUCCCCCUGCUGGUCAACCCCUGGGAUAUCGUCCUGUGCUCGUCUGGGACUCUGAUCGCCUGUGAGAAUGCCCUGGUGGUGCUGGUGAUCUGGCAGAACCCAGCGCUCAGAGCUCCCAUGUUCCUGCUGAUCGGCAGCCUGGCGCUGGCUGACUUGCUGGCUGGUUUGGGCCUGGUGCUGCACUUCACCUGUGCCUACCUGGUGCGCUCGGACUCUGCCCAGCUGCUGACGGUGGGCCUGGUGGUGGCUUCCUUCUCAGCUUCUGUCUUCAGCCUGCUGGCCAUCACGAUUGAUCGCUACCUGUCUUUGUACUACGCCCUCACCUACAAUUCAGAGCGGACAGCUGCGUUCACCUACACCAUGCUGGUGCUGCUGUGGGGCCUGUCCCUGUGUCUGGGCCUGCUGCCUGUCACCGGGGUCAACUGCCUGGCAGAGGAGGAGACUUGCAGCGUGGUGCGGCCACUCACGAAAAACAACAUCGCGGUGCUGUCCGUCUCUUUCCUGCUCCUCUUUGGCCUCAUGCUGCAACUCUACGUCCAGAUCUGCAAGAUAGUGAUGCGUCACGCUCACCAGAUUGCACUCCAGCACCAUUUCCUGGCUGCCACGCCUCACUACGUCACAACACGGAAGGGCGUGUCCACCUUGGCCAUCAUCCUGGGUACCUUUGCUGCUUGUUGGAUGCCUUUCACUGUCUACUCCCUCAUUGCUGAUUACACCUACCCACCGCUCUACACUUACGCCACGCUUGUGCCUGCCACCUACAACUCUGUCAUCAACCCGGUCAUCUACGCCUUCAGGAACCAGGAGAUCCAGAAGGCGCUGUGGCUGGUGUGCUGUGGCUGUGUGCCUGCAAGUGUGGCCCACCGUGCAAGGACCCCUAGUGACGUGUGAGCGAGCAGACCCAGGUGGGAAGAGAGAGGCGCCCUGGGUCAGCUCUGCUCCUCACUGGAUGUGUCUGGUGUCAAAAUGAGCAGCAGCAGGGGAGGUCAGGGGCGGUGGCAGGGGGCUGUGGCUUCACCUCAGGCUGGAGAUGUUUCUGGAAGACGAGGUAUGGUCGGAAAUCCACAGCCCUACGUGAUGGAUGGCGUUAAUUUCCUUUGUUCAAUCACCAUAGGGCACAGCAUCUCACUGUCUUCCCCGGCAAAGGCGGCCACUGCGCGGAGCAGCAUCCCGCCCCCUCCCAUUCAACUCGUGCCACGCCCUUCCUCUGUUCUGCAGAGAGCGCUGAGUGCGUCACGUGUUUCAGGCAGCAGCUGUAUAUAGAAUGUGCAUUUGGUUAACAGCACGGGAGCUUUGGUUGACACGUGCUUGUUUUUCCCUCAAAUAGGGAGGGGAUUAUUAGUUCGCUCUGCUGUGCGUUCUUGCGCAAAAGCGCGCGGCAGAUUAACAAAACAGUGUGUGCGGAGAAGAGGUGAGGAGAGGAGCGGAGAGAAGAGGAGAGUGUGACCACGGCUGAAUACGCAGGUUUUUUCCACAUAAAGCCUGUCUGGAGCAGCAUCCCGGCGCUCUGCUGCUGCACUCUGAACGUGCGUCGAAAGCUAAACAGCCGCGGAGAGCUAAAAAUAGACCCGGCGCUCUCUGAUCCGCGCCCUGCGUCCUCUCCACAGACGCCGAGAGAGAAAUCAAGACGUUUCUUCGUCCCUCUCUUUGCCUUCCUGAAUUUCUGUCUUCAUUUCUUUAUGGACUGUGCGUGGAUGUGUUUUCAUCGAGCUCGUGUCUUUGAGGCUCAAUUAAAGCCCCAGGAAACCCCGUUUACCCUCUCCUCCAUAUUUUUAUGAUUAACAGAGGCACCACACAGAAUAGAAGUCUAUAGGAUUGUGUGACCACAGUGUUUUCGUCCUCUUUCACUUUUCAAUGCGAUUGCUUAUGACUCUUUUAAUAUAUAGAAAUUAUUUUGUAUCUUUAAAAAUAAUUUCGUGUUGGAAAAAAACCUGCAAGAUUGGAUGGCAGUGUCUUUUAGAGGAUAUCACAAUAUUUAGGGAGAUAAACAUGAUAAUUUGUGUGGAAAUCAACAAUAUUUGAAUGUAAUUCUACUUAUUUGACCCUUAAACAAGCCUCUCACCAACCAUAAUAUCUGAUCUGCAUGCUAGACUUCCUUGUAAUUUGCAUGCUACAAGCACAGACCUUCUUUCCCCCAUCUGAGUUCAGUGUUAUCUUACAUGACGGUUCCCUGAAGUCAUUUUGCCCCUGUAAUAACUUAAUUUAUGUACCACUGUAAACCUCAUAUUUAACACAUUCAAUGAGCUACAAUCACUACUGGAUGUCCUCCAGUUGCACUCUUUUUUAAAGAUGUUUAAUUUGUAAAAGGACUUGUGUCUGUCUUGAAGGUUUGAGGUGUUUUUGACUGCUUCACUUUGAUCAUGUUUUCAAUUCAAAUGACUUUCACACCUUUCAGCUGCUCUGAGUACAGUUACCCAUCAUGUUUUGGACUCAUACUUAGUUUGCAGACCCAGCUUAAGUCCUACUUUGUUCCCCCAUAUCAUGUCAGCAAUAACUCACCUAUGAAUGGAAUUGUGUCAAUGUGCAGCAAUACUCAGACAGCAAUAACAUCCACGUCGCACCAUUACUCCUUCCUGCUGAGUGAAGAACCAUAAUGGCCGCCUUACAUGUCAGAGUAAACAGGCUAUAAGUGAAGCUUCGGUGAAACAUCUAGAGUUGGCUGCAAGAGACUCAUUUGUCACUGCGACCCCACUUUUAUUUUGCCUCUGCCUUCGUUUGUUGAGUGUAUGACUUGUCCUGUAGCCUCAAGUGUCUGUGUGUGAUUUGGGGACUGUGUUGUUUUGUGCAUACGGUUUGAGUUGCAUGGCCUCUGAGUGUGUGCAUGUGUGUAUGUUUGUCUCUAGUCCAGCAGCUCAGCAGACCCUAGUCUGUCUCCUUGUGUCGGGGGCACAAAAACAGGCCUGUGUGGAGUAUAAAUUCCUGUUGACCCACUGACCUUUGAGGAUAAUGCUGCCAGUCUUCCUGUCAAUUCUGCAAGAAGUGGCCUCGUUAUGUAUUUGUCCGGCUUUUUUAUGGGGAGUGAGAGAUGGAACUAGGGGUGUAGGGAAGCUCCAGCACUUCAAGCCAAAGUGAGAAAGGACUCUGAAUGAACUGGGAUCCUAGUCCUGCUGUGUUUUCUGUCUCCUCUAUUUCACUCGUAGUCUAUGAACCAAUCCAGUCUGGUUGAAGAAGGCGUCCGCUAAGUGACCUCUGAAUGAUUCUAUGAGCUAAAAAAAAAGGCUGCGUCCAAAUGCUCGAACAGUGCUCCUUCUUCUUUUUCCCCGCUUCGCUCCUCUGUAAGUGUGACUGAGGUGCUUUUGGAGGCCUCAGAUCAGGUAAAAGUGUAAUAAAGCAGGGCGGAGGAGUGGGAAAGGCAGAGGGGUAGUAUUCACUUUGCAUUAGGAUGCAGCCUGUCUAUGUGAACUUGUGCACAGUGUCAGACUGAACCCUGUAGUUACUGAAGGAGCACCAACAGGUCAGGCUGGCACAUUGAAUAACCAUCACAAACUAUAUUCCUUUACCUUUGGAGAAGAGUCUAUUUUGUUAUAUUCAUUGAGAAGUUCUAUUUUUUUCCACUUCAGUCUGGCCUGAAUUCUUUCAGAUUCUGAUGUUGUACGGUAUAACGGCGCUGUAAAGCUUUUUUCUGAAUGUAGUAAUAAUCAAAUUGUUUAUGGAGACCCCCCUCCUCUUGUUUGUUUUUGUAAAUACAGCAUGCUGAAGGGGAGGGACUUUACACCACCGUGCAUGGUGCUACCAAAGCCAGGCAAAUUUCAAGGAUGAAUUGGGUUGCACCAUUUUUUUUUCAAAUGACAUUUCUCCACUAAUGCGGUCGAUGUAGAAAAACUUUUGUUAGGGUUCAUUGCUUCAAUAUGCACCAAUACACAAAGGGAUGGUGGAGUGGAUUUAUAUAUGGCUACACAAGCUGAAGAAAAUUGGUUCACAACUUCCUCUGAUUGGUGAAUGUUUCCCUGGCAGUAGUGUUAAGAUAUUCAUGUUUGACCAGGUGUGAACAAGGGCUUUGUAUCCAAGAAUAGUAUUGAGACUGUGAUGUUGGAUGUAAUACUUCUCUGUACAAACACACCUGUUAAUCUUUACAGUGUAAUUGUAGGCUAAAAGUGUGCACAAAGCAGUCACUUUAAAAAAAAAUGUGUAGCCAACCAGGAGGUGUAUGUGACAUAUACUAAUCUAGAGCUAAAUAUCAAACCACUCAAGGGCAAGUGAGUUUGUUCGUGUGUGUGUGUGUGUGUGUGUGUGUAUGUAUGUAUGUGGGGGGGUUGGUUGAGGAUGGGAGGACACCACAGUUAACAGCAUCUUGUGUAGACGUAUGCAUAGUUUUAAAUGUGAAAUGCACUUUAUUUUUUUGGAUGAAAAUGGCACAACAAAUUAAGUAUCUGCAAAAUGAAACGUAUAAAUGAUAAUCAACAUGCACUAACUGAGAUAUUGUAAAAAAAAAAAAAAAAAAGGAAAAAAACCUUUGUGUGAACGUGGUGUCUAUUUUUCCAAAGUGUUAGUUGUACUUUUUAUUGCUUUGGUUAGUUCACUCAAUUGAGAAAUCUUGUUAAUUUUGUAUUAAAAACAAACAUGUGCUGUGCAUACAA